AACCACAAUGAGAACUUCGGCAAAUAAGGAAGACAAAGAACGUGAACUUAACGUUUUGGAUAAUCAUCACGCAGAUGUCAAUGAAGAACUAUCAAGUACCAAUACAAAGAACGACGGGAAAACAAAUCCUCCAUGGGCCGAAGCUCACAGGAUUGCCGUUCAGAAUGAUCAAAGAACUUACGUGGAUCCAGAAACUUCCAAUAUAGUAAUGACUGAAUUAUUUCAUAAAGAAAGGGGUUAUUGUUGUGGAAAUAAUUGUAGACACUGUCCUUAUGAUCACAUAAAUGUUGACUCGAAAGAAAGCGAUAAAAAAAACAAUUGCGGUCUUUUUGAAAAUUUGAAAAGAAUAAUCAAAAAACCAUUUAAAAAAUCAAAACGAAAAUCACAAAAUGAAAAGUCUGUGCUUCUUAGUUCAAAUAAUGAUCGAUCAAUAUCAGAUACUCACAGUGUCACCCUUGAUAAUAAUACUGACGAGAAAUCAUAUUAUGAACUCUCUGACAUUGAAGAUGUCGCUCUUAAAACUAUUGACGACAUUUCGGGAGAGCUCAGAGAAAUAAGUCUAGAGAUACAUGAUCGACCGGAAUUAUCAAACAAAGAGAAACAUGCUCAUGAUCUCAUUGUAAAGUAUAUGAGAGAAAAGGGUUUCACCGUAACGUCAAAUGCAUAUGGACUUGACACUGCUUUUGUAGCGGAAUUCCGUUCAGAAUCAGGAAAAGGUCGCGUUGUUUCAUUUAAUUCCGAAUAUGAUGCUCUUCCUGGUAUUGGACAUGGUUGUGGACAUAAUUUAAUAGCAAUUGGUGGAAUAGGAGCUGCAAUAGGACUUAAAACUGUACUCGAGAGGUUCGACAUAGAAGGAACCGUGAAACUAUAUGGUACACCCGCAGAAGAAUCUGGCAGUGGAAAAGUCGACUUGAUUAAGGCAGGCGCGUACGAAGAUGGAGCAUUUAUUAGAUUUUUAGCAAUACAAAACGUAACGGUAGAAUAUUUUGGAAAGACUGCUCAUGCAUCGGGGGCUCCUUGGGAAGGAAUCAAUGCUUUAGACGCCAUUGUAUUGGCUUAUAAUAAUAUUGGACUUUUGAGACAACAAAUGUUGCCUACAAAUAGAAUUCAUGGAAUAAUCACUAAUGGAGGAAAAGCACCUAACAUAAUUCCCGAUUAUACAUCUGGUUUAUUCUAUAUUCGUGGAAGAACUAUUGAAGAUUUGCGUGCUCUUAGGCCACGUGUGGAAAAAUGUUUCGAAGCCGCAUCUGAAGCAACUGGCGCUAAAUUGAAAAUAAAAUGGGGUAGAGAAGUUUAUGAUGUAAAAGUUAACAACCCAAUUGCAAAACGUUACGAAAAAUAUCUAUCCACGAAGUUUGAUGUUGAAUUUCCAUCGAAGGAAGAACAAUUGUUAAUAUCCACAGGAUCAACCGAUCAAGGAAAUGUGACAUAUGUAGUCCCUGGAUUCCAUCCAUUCUAUAAUAUUCACCCACCGCCUGGUGAAAGUAAUCAUACACCGGGAUUUACAAAACAGGCCAGAACUGAAUUGGCACAUAUUGAAACCUUGAAGGCAACAAAGGGCAUAACUUUAGUUGGCCUAGAUAUUUUGGUAGAUGAUGAAUUUGCUAGAAAAGUUAAAAAAUCUUUUGAAUCAUCUCUCACUUGA